UGUGCGCGUUUUCGGCAGUUCCUACUUUGUGUGUUCUGGAGAUAGGGGGUAACGAUGCGACGACUCGACCAUCACAUGUCAUUGCACAAGACAUUUUUUCAUUUGCGAACUAUUUAAUACAUGGAUAUGGUGUAAAAUCCGUGAUCAUUGGUCAACUGUUGCGCCGCGACCCUCGAAAAUCACCGAUUGGAUAUAACGAGGAGGUCAUCAGUAUAAACAAACACUUGGAACAUUUGACAAGUAGCGAGGAGCAUGUCCAUUUCUGGAAACAUAGAGGAUUUUGGACUAAUUUGGCAUACCUUGGGCGCGAUGGAGUUCACCUUGGGGUAGAUUCGGAUGGAUGUUAUCCAGCACCCAUGGUCAAAUACUUGAGGAGCAUAAAAUAUGCAGUGCAUAACAGAGUUCAAAAACUCAAGAAAAACCAUGCCUAAGCGGGCUUUAGAGGGGCGGUCAACAAAAAGGAGGCGACCGGCAAAAGUACCACGAAAUGAUGACUUAAGUCUUCAAGCAGAACCAGUGUCUGAUGAACCAGUGUCUCGUGCAGAACCAGUGUCGAGUGAUGCUAUUAAUUACGACCUAUUAGCUGCAGCAAUCUUAAGACAAUCCCAAACUUUGUCCCAAAACCAGACAAAUUCGAGUGAUACCACCAUGGAUAUCCUGCAGCCAUGUGUUCAAAACCAGGGUGAUAUCGAAGCCCACGCUCAUCCAAUGGCAAGUCAGCAAACAACAACAUCAACAGUUAGUGACAACCAGCCUCAGCAAAAUAUUGCAGACUUAGUUAGUGCGUUAUUACAACAAGACGGUCAAGGUGAGCCAGCAACUGCCAAUCUGAAAAAUGUUAUUGAUUUAUCUGAUGGGAUUCCUCUUGGGGCUGCAACACCUCAUCGAUUAAAAGCUAAGAUCUGGGCAAAUCAAUUUAUUGAUUUAGGUUUGCUGUUGCAGCGUCGAGAGGAUCCUAUUUCGUUAAACAUAUCUUCUGGGUCCCUUAUUGUACAGCAAGGGUCAUCAAAGCCCAAAUUGCCAAUGUCAAUUCAGCAAUGGACUGAUGCUUUUUUGAUUUUUAUGGGAAUUUUUAUUGAAAAAUAUCCAGAACAGGCUCCCCAUCUCCUAAAGUACUGCUAUUUUGUUAGAGAAAUGAACAAAAUGUUAGGAGAUAAGGCCUGGAGAAUCUAUGAUGAGAAUUUUCGGAUGUUGAAAGAGACUGUUGAAUUACCGUGGCAAAAACCGGUUGAAGAAUUAAGAAUCAAGGCUGCUUCUAGCAAUUAUCAAUUUCAGCAGCCCUUUCGAGCAAACACAGGCAAUAAGCCUAUUAGAUUCUGCUAUGCCUUUAACAAUGGGGAACAAUGCACUCAUAACCCCUGCUCAUUUGCCCACAGGUGUCAAUCAUGCUCAGGAUCACAUGCAAGAGCCAAUUGUAGAUUUCGUAAACAAAAACCAACAAAUACCAACACUGUCACCAAGUCCUCAACAAUCACCCAGCCAACUACCUUCCCCAGUCAACCCAAAAAGUUUAGGUGAAUUUUUAGUUGAUUAUGACAGUGAUCAGGCUUCGUACUUGAUAAAUGGCUUUACUCAUGGUUUUAGAUUAGGUUGUACUUCUGCUCCUUCAUCAUGUGUACCUCAAAACCAUAAAUCCACAUUAGAUCACCCAGACAUUAUAGAAGACUAUAUACAAACAGAG